UUGUAUUCUUAUAGCACACCACCAGCAUUCGUAUUUGCCGCGCCCUUAUUAUGAAAUAUCUCGACAUUGAAUCACUCAGAAACAUCAACUCACGCCUUUCAUUCCGACCAGCAGCGGCGACCGACAUGAUAGAAGCGUAUUCUUGCAAGGUGGCCGGCGCAGACAAGAAGCUGUACCGGUACCUCGAGCAGAAGCACCAGGAGGAUCUCGAGGAGGCCAAGAGCUUGUCUCCUGAGCAGAGCUCGCUGACCAACAUGUUUUCUCCGUUUGGGCCACUCACCGAGUCGGCCUCACGCAAAGUAAUGUUUUAUCUUAUUGCGACACUCAACGCGAGCUUCCCAGACUAUGACUUUAGGUACGUGAUGUUUUGUAUUUUAUUAACGCUCCCCCAAAUGGCACAUGCAUGCCCACAUCUCACUGUGUCUCUCCUUUUUGAAAGCUUGCUGCUCUACGCGCAACAAUUGCGUUAGCAAUGUGAGGAUACAGAGUGGAUGUGCAUGUGUGUAAUUGUUGUCAAAAGUGAAAUUAAAAAUGGUGUGCAGUCGGCGCGUGCCCUCAUAUCAACUGAUUGACCAUUUCGGGAUCCUGUUCUUAUAUCUCCAUUGCACAGUUGGCCGAUUUGGUCUGGCCUCCUUCCUAUUUUGUCCUUAUCUUUUACUCAUGCAUUGCCUAUUUUUGAUUUUCAUCAGCUCUCCCUCAUCCUCGCCGAAUUAUUACUAACCCCGACCAACUGAUUUCCCGAUGCAAUUGACCAGUAUCUCUUUUUAUUAUGUAGCUCUGUGCCUGCCGA